CGGAAGUUGCCGAUCCAACUUCCUCAGCAACAAGCGUCGCAACCGCUUCUGUGCGUAGCAUCUUUAGCUAGCUCUCGUGUAUCAUGUUUAGCUGGUUCGAAACGGGUAUUAAUGUCGUCGUCUUGGUUUAGCGUGGCGUUCCGUUCAUUAGUAUAUGAUAAAUAGCAGACCAGGACCAUGUUUGUUGUGUGAGAUGAACAUGCGCCACUGGGUCCGUUUAAGUCUCGCCCUCGUCGUCUUCGCGGUCGGGUUUUUGACGCAAGCGGGGACGACCGCACCUCCGACAGAUGGGCAACCUGUCAGCUCAGCGACCCCUUCUCCGGGGGUCACCGAGGGACUGAAGACCACCACCCCCGUCCCUGGCACGAAUGACUCCGUAAAUGUUACGGGCGAAGGCUCGGGGAAUCCUUUCGAAAGCACCCCAAGUCCCACAACAAAUACUGGCCAAUUUGUGAGACUCCCUGAAGCGUGCGUCUGCGAUUUAACUCCCAAUUUCUGCGACAUUGGCUGCUGUUGUGACACUGCUGAUUGCGGCGUUGCUGACCUGACGACCGUUUUCACAGGAUGUCCUCAAAAAGCCGCGUCAGGAGUCUGCAUAGAGAAAUGGUUGAUGUUCCGCGCCAACGUAGAUUCUUCUUUAGUUAGCGUGACCGAAUCUUUGUUUUGCGUUCAAUCUGCAGUUGAGCAUGUGGAGGUCCCGACUGUUCCACUUGAACUUCCUGUUUUAGGGGACUCUUAUCACUUCUCACCACCUCAACCAAUAAGCGUCGGCCACAGCAGGCAUUUUUAUCGGGCAGAUGAUGUCAUCCAGACGGUCUUCACCAAAUCGUCCGUGCGAGGGCUCCUUCGUCAGCCGUCGCCAGGAGUGGCCGGCGCAUCCUGUCUUAGUCGCAACCCCGCGCGCUUUUUAAGGUCAGAGUCUCUGUCUUGUACUCGCAUGGUAACUCCUCAGUCGUGCACCCAAGACCCAAAUCUCAGCGCCCACUCCUACUUCACGGACCUGAGACUUAUUAAAAUUCCAAAGCCCGCAGAAGAGCAAGUGUCGGACAUUUUGAUCCCCAUCACGCCACUUUCUGACUGGCCCGCACCGAAGGAGCAAAACAAUCUCUGCGUUAAUGUGGCCAAAAAGGUGGAGUUUGUCAUCGUGUACACGAGCAGGGGAGAGCUGGCAAGCGCGACGGUGAAUGUUGUUCUAGCCGACGUGAAAAUGAACCAGUUGUUGCACCAAGUGCACUCUGUUCAAUAUAAGCUGGGGACACCUCGCCCGUCACCGAUGCCGACAAUUCCCUCAGUCGGGCUGCGGGUGGGAGCCAGCGUCCUCGGGGGCUAUAACGGACAAGUGAAAGCCGUGACCAUAAUGGGCGUCCCGCAAGCCGGCGAGUGCUCCGCCGACCCCGCCACACGGACGAACAUCCUGUUCACGUACAACACAAUCACAGGCUGCGUUUUUAGUUCUCCUUCCAGGAACUGCACUGAGCUGCGUUCCGAGAUUGACAGCAUCUUGCUGGGAGACGCCGUCCCUGACGUGAUUGCCAUGAGCUCGGGUUCUCAGCCCGACUGGACUAGAGUGCUCGAGCAGGAGUGUCCUGUCAGCUUGGAGGAAACAUGUGACACGGGCUGCACCCUCCCACACUUGCUCUCUGUGCAAGUGCUCUGGGCUCGCAUGGGCCUCCUGGACCUCCCUCAGAGUUACAUCCUUGGUGUUAAAUACGUCUUCCGGUGUCGAAGGUUUCAGUGCCCGUUGCCGUCAACCGUCAUUCUAACCACUGAGGUCGCGUUCGCCGACAUGACGGUUUACCCCAAAACCGUCCUGGGGACUGCGUUUACUUGAUCGGAUCUCAUCACCGGAGGCACUGCUGAGCUGGACAAGA